UUUUCCAUGUGCACAGUUAGAGUAGGUAUUGAUCACUACAAUACUGAAGACGAUAUAGUACAUGUUUUAGAGAAAUUGUUCACUGGGAUGACGAUUUAUAAUACCAUUUUCCUGUGAACAAUUAAUAGAGACCAUCUUUUGGAGGAACUUUUUCACAAGCAAGGCGAUUUAUAAUAGAAUUUUUUGUGAACAAUUAAUAGAGACCAUCUUGUGGUGAAAUUGUUCACAAGUAGGGCGAUUUUGUAUACCGUUUUGUCUGUGAACAAUUAACUUUUCCUUCCUCUAUUUCUUUUGCCGCCGCGGGGUCUUUUUUGGAUCUAAAUCAACCCGCUACCGUAUAAAAAAAUGUUAAAACCAAGGAAAAUGGUCUACUAGUAGUUAUGCUUCAAAUUUGCUGUGAAAAGUCCAGAAUUAGUUUAAAUAAUCUCCCGUUUUUCAAUUAAAAAACAAGGAGGUUUAUCAUUUAUUUUUUGAGUUUUUAUCACCGAUGUCUGUUUCUGCAUCAAUUUGUAAUACCGAAACAGCCCCGAAGCAUUAUUUCCUUGUCCUCGUUUUUCCUCCGUCAAAUACGUAUCCGCUUUCCUUUAAUUUUCCCUUCCUAGUUCUGAAAAUGUAAGACAAAAAUUGAGCGUUAGAACUGAAAAUGAAUUUGAAAUCCGUGAACAGCAGUGAUUAGCAUCCCAUUCCAAAUUAAAAGCACGCUGAACAUUUUGGAAAACAGAGUGUCUUUUUCGCUUCAAAUGUUCUUCCCCUUCUGAAAAAUGUAACAUUUUCAAAGUCAAUUACCAACAACUUCAAGUCAAUUACCAUCAAUUACAAUUACCAUAAAGCAGCUAGCGAAGAACCUUUUUUGUGGCAGUUUAUCUAUUUAAUUGCCAAUUAUUUUUUUCGAAAAUGUCUGCUUGUCCCGCAACAGACCUUUCCGAGAACUUUGACGACCAGUCCGUCGAAAUGACAAAAUGGGUUUGCCCUGGCCGUUAUUUCUACAUCGGGUGCGCCAUUGUCGGUUGCGGUAUCAUUUAUUCGAAAUCGUGGCCGGCCGAAAAGUUGGUUUUAAACUUUUGCUCUGCUCUUGGAUACGCUUUUCUAUCAUUUUGGGGACAUACGAUUCUGCAACAUUUCGAUGUUGCGAUGUGGUUCGCGAUUCUGACAAUCGCCAAUGUCGGCAUACUUUGUUAUCGGCUUCACGAUUCGUUCGAUGCUUUGAAAGCGCCUAGUGUGAAUACGAUGCCGCUUUACGAGAUGUUGUUUGCGCCUAUGAACGUGGAUUUCAAGACGUUCAAGGAACUGAUGGCUUGCAGCAAUGGACUUCAAACCAUAGAGGCUAAUGACCUUUUUGCGGCUGAAGGUCAGAGAAAUGCGGGAGCAGAGCUGUCUGUUCUGCUCAGUGGCAAACUAGUGGCUACACAGAAUGAACAGACCCUGCACUCUAUCAUGCCGGGUCAGUUCAUGGACUCGCCCGAGUGGGAGGCAUACGACCCUGAGACCAAGCGCACCUUCAGGGUCACCAUAAUCGCGGAAGUGGACAGCACUUACGUCACUUGGAGGAGAUCGAACAUGGAGAAAUUGAUGAAGAAGAACAAGUAUCUGACUCACAUGAUGAACCUGAUCAUAGGCAGAGACAUCGCAUACAAGCUCUACAACACCCACAGCUCCAUAUGGUCACCCUUGUCAUCCCAGAACUCAUCCCGAAACAACAACAACAACAACAACAACACCAACAACACCAGCAACAACAAUAACAACAACAAUAGUAGUCAUAACAACAAUAACAUAAACUCAUCAGUGGCUAUAACGUCUACUUCUUAUUCCAACGGAGGUCUUCGGUCCUCACCUGUGAUUUGCGGAAGCAGUUUUCUGGCCGAAGAGAGCUUGGACGAAACUAUGUUUACGUUUGCGUCAAGCGAUCACAAACAAAGUGAAGUUUGAUCAAUCGGAUGAUUAAUCCUUACAUAAAUUGAAGUAAAUUUUCACUGAAAAACUUUAUAUAUUAAUAAUUAACGGAUAUUUAA